GAUGGUAUCUUGUGACGCCACACUGCUAAAAACAGCCCCGGCUCCCUUCGGCCCCUUGUUUAAACAAUGUCCUCUGCCCGGAGCAACCCAGAGAGCCUCUGAUCGCAGCACAGCCUUGGACUUAUUUCAAGGGAAAUUAACCCGGAAACCCCUCCGUGAGGCCGUGAUCCUGAGCGUAUGCCCCUGGACAAGCUAGGAAUGAGCACCUCCCUGAACUACAAGUCCUUCUCCAAAGAGCAGCAGACCAUGGAUAACCUGGAGAAACAGCUGAUUUGCCCCAUCUGCUUGGAGAUGUUCACCAAGCCUGUGGUCAUCCUGCCCUGCCAGCACAACCUCUGCCGGAAAUGUGCCAGCGACAUUUUCCAGGCCUCCAACCCCUACCUGCCAACCCGGGGAGGCACAACCAUGGCAUCGGGAGGUCGCUUUCGCUGUCCCUCCUGCAGGCACGAAGUUGUCCUUGACCGGCAUGGUGUCUAUGGGCUGCAGAGGAACCUGCUGGUGGAGAACAUCAUCGACAUCUACAAGCAGGAGUCUACAAGGCCUGAAAGGAAGUGUGACCAGCCAAUGUGCGAAGAGCACGAAGAUGAGAGAAUUAAUAUCUAUUGUUUGAACUGUGAAAUGCCCACCUGCUCCUUGUGCAAAGUCUUUGGUGCCCACAAAGACUGUCAAGUCGCUCCUCUUACAAACGUUUACCAGCAACAGAAGUCCGAGCUGAGUGAUGGCAUUGCAGUCCUGGUGGGGAGCAAUGACAGAGUGCAAGGGAUAGUCACACAGCUGGAGGAGACCUGCAAGACAGUUGAGGAAUGCUGCAGACGACAGAAAGAGCAGCUGUGUGAAAAAUUUGAUUAUCUGUAUUCUGUACUGGAAGAAAGAAAAAAUGAGAUGACACAAAUAAUUACUAGAACCCAAGAGGAGAAACUGGAACAUGUCCGCUCCCUGAUAAAGAAGUAUGCAGACCAUUUGGAAGCUGUGUCAAAGCUUGUUGAAUCAGGAAUUCAGUUCAUGGAAGAACCAGAAAUGGCUGUGUUUUUGCAGAAUGCCAAAACAUUACUACAAAAAAUUACUGAAGCAUCUAAAGGAUUCCAAAUGGAAAAAAUAGAGGAUGGGUAUGAAAACAUGAACCAAUUCACAGUAAACCUAAGUAGAGAAGAAAAAAUAAUACGAGCAAUUGAUUUUGACAGAGAGGAGGAGGGUGAAGAGGAAGAGGAGGAGACAGUGGAUGGUGAAGAUUUGGAUGAAGUCCACACAGAGUCAUCAGGAGAGGAGGAGGAGGAAGAGGUGGAGGAGGAAGGUGCUGAGAGAGCACCACAGCCACCUCAGCAGGACCCUGAACCACAGAGCACAGCGGGAGACCCCUCUGCUGAACCUGCUCCGGUGCCACUACCCACCACCCUGGCUGGUCAGGAUGAUGUUGUGACACCAAGUGGUUCUCCACAGACCCCAGAGUCUGACACUCAAGUGCCGGCCACAGCAGAAACCAUCGACCCCUUGCUUUACCCUAGCUGGUAUAAGGCUCAGUCGCGGCAAUCAAGCAAUCUGAGCUCAACCCCGGUGAGUGGGUUGGGGAAAGUAGGGCCUCCUGUUUCUCUGGAAACAAGUGCAAAGAAGGCGGAAGCCCCAUCAGCGGCAGCAACUGAGGAGAGUGCACUGGGGAGUGGUAAGGAAAGUAAUGCCACUGCAGCAACGUCCAAGACUGGUUCUGAACCAACCCCUCAAGGACGAGUGGAGGAAACUCUUGUGAGCAACGAGAGGGGUGACGAGCCGGCUCGUCAUGUCUUCUCCUUCUCCUGGUUGAACUCACUGAAUGAAUGAUGACUCACUCUGGCUGGCUUCUGGCAUGCUUCUCCUGGGAGGGACCAUGAGCGCAGGCAGCCUGGCUGCAUUCAACAAAGAAACUGGCCUGGAAAGGGACAUCCAAGCAGGCUUUGUUCCCAGGAACUCAGCUGACCUCCACAUCGUACCCAGCCCUUGAGACGACAGUCCUGAGAGGGGUGGGAGCAUGAGGACAAAUUACUAUACUGUCUUGUAGUCAGAGUGUUUUCCAAUAAUUUCUUGUUUCCAAGGGGAAAAUAGCAUCACUACAGCUGUAGGCUGAGCACUGCUAGUGUUUUGUUACUUUUUGGCACGUCCUUGUGUAGGUGUAAAUGCUUCACCAAUGUUGUUAGCUAAAAUGCUGGUAUGAUAUUCACUGGUAGCAUCCUUUGCCAAAACAGCAUUUCUCCUCAGUACCCUCCUGCGUCACCGCUUGUCCGUGCUGGUGACUUCAGUGACACUAUCGCACCCUUGGCAGCCCCAAGUCAGGGCUGUGUCUAAGCAACUCCCUGCAGUCCCUUGUAGUCCCCAUAGCACCAGUGCCUCCUUAGCUGCAGAGGAUGAACACAGGAGGGGAGAGGGAAGCUGCCAUUUCUUCCUUUGUGCUUGCCCUUCCUCCUAAGCCACAACAGAUGACAUUCACAUAAACAGAUUAUUUGUAGGGAAGGUGCCCAACAGCAGGGGUGAGGAAGAUGCACACGCUGGAAGCACUGACCGUGUGGGGCAGAUGCUGGAGUGCUGCUCACGUCUGUCCAGCUGUAAUCUGUGUCUAUUGUCUUCUCAGUCACCCACAUGUGUAGGAAAAAGGGCAUGUUCUUGCAUGAAAGCAGAAUGCCCUGGGAUGGUAUUCAUUCAAGGUUUAAUUUGAAGGCCCCGUGGUGCACUGCAGAAAAGGCAAAUGCUGAAUGUCCUGUUCUGUGUUCAUGCAGAUGUUGAGCCGUCUAAUGAAAUCAAAUUUAUGUCUUAAAAGAAGCUCCACAAGUUGUACCGCAGAUGACACUCUGCAAGUUUUGUCACUGGGGACAGGGUGUCAGCACUCAGUAGUGUUUGAGAGCUUGGCAGGUCACUGGGAGUGCUCGGUGCCAUAGGGGACCAGGUGUCAAGCUCUGCACUAGGGUUAAGUGUGGAUCCUUCCCCGAGAUCUGAGCCAGAGGCCCUGACCACACCAUUUUGGCAGCGGGCUGUGCCGGGCCGUGGGGCUGUGCUGCACCCCAGCAGGACCUGUGAGCUGGCCGUGCAGAAGCAGCGCAGCACCUGGUUAGCAGGCUGCGAGGGGUCAGCCCCACUCCUGACCACCCCUCACUACAGGGCUGUCACCCCUCGCCUCACCUGUAUCCGUUUCCCCUGGAAAAUGCUCCCGCCGGCGCAGUUUUGGAGGGCUGCACGGGCGAGCUCGGCGCGAAGCUUUCAGGCUCGCACAGGCCAGAGCGAGUGCUCCUCUGCACCGCCGCUGCCACCGCAUCGCCUCCGGCUGCUGGAACAGCUUUUCCCUGGGAUUUGGUUUGAGGUGAGGGAUUUCCUAUUUUCUCCCGGUCGUCCUGGAGAAUUUCCCCCAGUUCCUUCUGGGAAGUUUCUCCACGCCCACCGACGCCUCCCCAGCGACCCCGGGAGGGACCCGGGUCGGGCGCGGCCUCCGGGACGGGGGAAGACGAAGCGGGGGGAGCUGCCCGUUUGGGGUGCGGGCGGGUGAGCAGAGCUGGGAAGAAAACACAGAAGAGACGCGGGAGCGUCUCGCCCGUUUCCCAUCGCGGCGCUCCGGCGGGAGGAGGCUGCCCGGCCGCGGCCGCAGCGGCAGGAGCCGGGGAGCCCCCGCAGGGUGCUGCUGCGCUGGGAGCCGGCAGGGCUGGGGGCGACCGACCGGCCGCCCGCUCCCCCCGCCCCGUCCCCAGCUCCCGGGCGCAGCCUGUGCCGAGGGCGGC